AUGUCCGAAACAUUUGAUCCGAAUCCAUUAAAUACCGCACGUAACGGAAUUAAUCAUGGAUCUUCAUUCCUUCGCUUAAAUACAAUCUACGGUACAUCGGAUGAAGAUCUCUCGAUGUUACGUGAUGGAACUAGUUGUAAAUUAUUAACAUCCGAUGGAAAUUAUCCUGCAAAAGAUCUCGAAGGCAGAUAUAUGUGGGGCAUAACUCCACUACGAGCUUGGACUUUAUUCACUUUGGCCAUUAAUACUGUAUGGAUUCGCGAACAUAAUAGAUUAUGCGAUGAACUAUUUCAACAGCAUGGUAAUGCAUGGACUGAUCAACAGUAUUUUGAUGAAGCAAGACGAUGGAAUAUUGCAUAUUUCCAAAAAACUGUCUCUGAAGAAUAUCUUGGCACUGUUCUUGGACAACCUCUUCCCUUAUAUAAUGGGUACAAACCAGAUUUGGUUCCUGGUAUUGAUACCUUCUUUGCCACCGUUGCAUUCAGAUAUGGUCAUUCAGAAUUAAGCGAUGCGUAUCGAAUUCAAGAUGACUAUGGUGACACAAUUGCUGAAUUGACUCUGAACCAAAUUACCAAUCAAAGUCUUUUAGAAACGUUUGGGUUAACUCGUGUUUUACGUUCGAUGGCUUUACAAAGACAAGAAGAAGUUGACAUUUUUUUUAGCGAUGCUGUGAAAAAUUUUAAAAGUCCAGAUUCUCAUACUUAUGAUUUGCCCUCAUUUGAUAUUUCAAGGUCAAGGGAUCGCGGUAUUCCAUUAUAUAACACGGUUCGGGAGGCUUAUAAAUUACCGAGAAAAAGCUCAUGGGAUGAAAUUACGAGUAAUGCAGAUAUUCGAAAUAAAUUAGAAUCUUUAUAUCCAAAUGGACCUGAUACUUUAGAGGCAUACGUCGGUGCUUAUUCUGAAGAUCAUAAAGAUGGUUCAAAUUUUGGGGAAUUAAUAAAUGAAAGCUUAGUGAGACAGUUUAAUCGAAUUCGAGAAACUGAUGAGAAUUGGUGGGAAUCAGAUCUUUUUAAUACAGAAGAAAAAGCUGAAUUAAGGAAUAUUACAUUUCGUGAUAUUAUAAUUCGUAACCUUGACAAAAAAGAUUCUCAAUUUGUUAAAAGCAUUUGGACAGUUCAACCUCAAUCUUCAGGAGAUGGUGGGGAAGAUGGAGAUUAUCCAAGUAAAGUCAGUACUUGGACCUCUUAUAUCGUUAGAUAUCGUCUGGAUGACACUCAUAUUCAUUUUAAAGUCGAACUACAAACUUUAGGAGGUGAAGGCUGGUUUGGAAUGGGAUUUGAUCCAUCCGAUAACGGUAUGAAAGGAGCGGAAUUUAUCAUAGGCAUUGUUAAAGAUAAUAAGGUUGAAUUAUCAAAUUAUCGUGCCGCUGAGGCCGGUUAUCAUCCACCUAUAAAAGAAACCUCUGAAGGUCUUGAAAUUAAAAACCCAAAUACAUCAUCAUCUUCUGGUGGCAUUACGACAAUUGAAUUUAGUAGACCUUUAAACCCAUCAGGUCGAAAACAAAUCAAACGCGGAAAGAUGAAAUAUAUUAUGGCUUACAAUCCAUCAAGCAGCGGAUUUAGUUAUCAUGGAAAUAACCGUCAAUUG